AUGAGUAGCUCUUCUAUAAAGAUUAAUGAUAUAAAUGAUGUUACAUUUUUAGCAAGUGGAAAGACUAAAACAAUUUAUCAACUGAAUAAAGAUGACCAAUAUGUUUUGAUUGAAUCUAAUAGUUCAAUUACAGCUGGUGACGGUGCUAAAAAAGAUACUCUACCAAACAAGGAUUUAUAUUCAACAACCACAACUUGCAAUGUAUACAAGACAUUACAAAUCGCAGGUGUAGAAACACAUUUUGUCAGACAAGAGAGACCUAAUGCAUUUAUUGCCAAGAGAUGUGCAAUGAUUCCUCUAGAGGUCAUUGUUAGACGUUUAGCUACUGGUUCUUAUCUCAAAAGAAAUCCACAAGUUGCUGAAGGUACUCGUUUUUCACCAUGUCUAACUGAAUUCACAUUUAAAGAUGACUCUCAACAUGAUCCAUUAGUUACUGAACAUGACAUUUUAGAGAUGAAUCUAAAAAUUGGUGGUAUUCCAAUUACAACUAAAGUACUAUCUCAAAUUAGACAUAUUGCAACUCAAUCGUUUGAAGUCUUAGAAAGAGCUUGGAAAUCAUUAGAUGUAGUUUUGGUUGAUUUUAAAGUUGAAUUUGGAGUUUCAGUUAGAGGUGAAUUGAUUUUAGCAGAUGUUAUCGAUAAUGAUAGUUGGAGAAUUUGGCCACAUGGUGAUAAAUCACAAAUGAAAGAUAAACAAGUAUACAGAAAUACACCAAUUCAAUCAUCAUCCAAUACUGAAACCAAUGCAACUACCAAAGUAAAUACACUAACAAAUGACCAAAUUUCACAAAUUGAAUCCAACUAUAGAUGGGUUGCUGAUCAAACUCAAAAACUCUAUGAAUUUACUCAAGCAAACCCAAUUCAAGUUACACCAUCGAGAUAUUUAAAUAUAAAUAAUAAUUAUACAAUGUCACCAAGUUCAAGUUCUGGACCAAAUUCACCAAUGUCUUCUCAAGUUCCUAUUGGGUUGUCUAAUUCCAAUAGUGGUUUAGGAUCUCAUUUAAAUAGUAGCACCAACAAUACUAAUCAAUUUAAUAGUAAUAGUUCAUCAUCAUCAAUUCACUAUAACCCUAGUACCUCAAAUAAUAAUAUUUGUACUACAACAGCAGCAGCAAAAAAUGAAAAAGUACUAGUUGGUGUUAUUAUGGGUAGUCAAUCAGAUUGGGAAACAAUGAAACAUAGUACCAAUACACUAACAACACUUGGAAUUCCAUUUGAAUGUAAAAUUGUUUCAGCUCAUAGAACACCAGAUAGAUUAUAUGAAUAUGCAAAAACUGCAAAAUCUAGAGGAUUAAGAGUUAUAAUUGCAGGUGCCGGUGGUGCUGCACAUUUACCUGGAAUGGUUGCUGCAUUAACUUCAGUACCAGUUUUUGGUGUGCCUAUUCAAUCUAAGGCCUUAUCAGGUGUUGAUAGUCUUUUAUCUAUUGUACAAAUGCCAGCAGGUAUACCAGUUGGUACUGUUGCAAUUGGUGUUUCAGGUGCUGUUAAUGCUGCACUGUUAGCUGCUUCUGUUUUGGCACCAUAUCAUUCUCAUAUUGAUAGCAAUCUAGAAGCAUAUAGAAAGAAACAAACUGAUGCUGUUAAUGAUUCUCCUGUUGAUUUACCUUCAUCUCAUGAUACCAUUUCACAUAAUACCUCAAAUAUUUCAACUAUUCUAUCAGUUGGAGCAAGUCAACAAAAUAUUCCAGUAAUUCAUCAACCACAACCACAACAACCACAAUCACAAUUAUUAAAUAAUCUAAACAACAACAACAACAAUAAUAAUAAUAAUAAUAUUAAUAAUAAUGUUGCAAGAGUUAGUUCACCACUUCCAAUAACACCACCAACACCAAUGUUAUUAGAUAAACAACCAAUGUCUACAUAUAUAUUAUCAUCAAUAAGAUCAUCAGGAUUGGUAUUACCACCAGGAUCAACUAUUGGUAUAUUAGGUGGUGGUCAAUUAGCUAGAAUGACUGCAAUUGCAGCUGCUCAAUUGGGAUAUAAAACACAUGUAUAUUGUCCAGAACCAGAACCUUCUGCUGGACAUGUAUCAACACAUGUCACAAGAUCUGCAUACAAUAGUUAUGCUGAUUUGGAUAGAUUUGCACAAAAAGUAGAUGUCAUUACCUAUGAGUUUGAAAAUAUAAUGUGUGAGCCAGUUGAAUAUCUGUCUAGAAAAGUUGCAGUUUUCCCAGAUCCAAAGAUUCUAAAGACCUGUCAAGACCGUGUACUUGAGAAGACUUUUGUUCAAAGUUGUGGUAUUCCAACUGCUAGAUUUGAGCCUGUUGAUAGUUUAGAUAUGCUUCGUGGUGCUAUAAAAAAACUUGGUUACCCUUCCAUUUUGAAAUCUAAUACCAUGGGUUAUGAUGGUAAAGGUCAAGUUAAGAUUGUAGAAGGUAUGGAUUUAGAACAAGCUUGGAAAACUGUAACUCAGAAUAUAACUUCUUCCAUCAAGGCAAUCUUGGAAGAGUAUAUUGAAUUUGAAUCUGAAGGCUCUGUAAUUGUUGCUAGAGGUUUAGAUACCAAUUGCGAGCAAGUUACCUAUCCACUGGUGCAGAAUAAACACAAGAACCAUAUCCUUCGUCAGACUAUUGCACCAUCACCUCUACCUGAUUACAUUCACCAAGAGGCUAAAGAAAUCUCUAAAAAGAUUAGUAAAUCUAUUCAUCUGGUUGGUAUAUUGGCAAUUGAACUCUUUAUUGUAAAGGAUAAACAAAGUGGUAACUAUAGACUACUAGUCAAUGAAUUAGCACCACGACCACAUAAUUCUGGACAUUGGACUAUCGAAGGUUGUGCAACCAGCCAAUUUGAACAAUUAGUACGUUGUAUCUGUGGUCUUUCUCUUGGUUGCGUUGAUUUUAUGAAAAGAGUACCAGAACAAGAAUACAUUUCACAAAAAUUACAACCAAUUAUUAUGAAUAAUCUAUUAGGUCAAGACGUUGAUCAAUGGGAGAAACAAAUUCACAACAAAUCCUCUCAUUUGCACAUUUAUGCUAAAGGUGAUGCAAAAGAAGGUCGUAAAAUGGGUCAUGUAACAAUUUUACCUGGUUCAAAUUAA